GCGACGGGUAGGCGAGCGAGCGAGCGGGGAAGACGGUCCCGGGCCGGCGGCGAGACCCGCCCUGCGCCUCGGGCGCUGCACAACGGAGGGCGGAGGGCGAGCCGGAGAAACGGCGCGCCUUUGUCCAAAAGCGGAGUCGCUCCCGGGCAGGACGGACUCUGGCCGAGAAGGUGUGAAGAUUUGCACUCACUAAAAUUGCAUCCCAGCGCUCUGUCCCUAAGGGAACAAACAUUGCCAGAAAGAUGUGCUUCCAGUUGUGGAUCGCUGGUCUUCUGCUGUCAGCUCUGGCUGGAGCUGUAGAAAUCGUGGUCCCCGACGAUCCCGUGGUCACUCUCUUUGGCCGCGACGCGACUUUGUGUUGCUCCUUCUCCCCGGACGCCGACUUCAGCCUGGACGAGCUCAGUCUCAUCUGGCAGCUUACAGACACCAAGAGGCUGGUGCACAGCUUUGCGGGAGGUCAGGACCAGCUGGCCAACCAAGGGAGGAGCUAUACCAACCGCACGGCUCUCUUCUACGACCAGCUGCCCAGGGGCAACGUCUCUCUGCUGCUGCGCCGUGUCCGGAUUGCGGACGAGGGAAGCUUCACGUGCUUCGUCAAAGUCCAGGGCUACAGCAGCGCGGCCGUCACGCUGCAGGUGGCAGCUUUCUACUCCAAGCCCAACUUGAACCUGGAGCCCAACAAGAACCUGAAGCCGGGAGACCUGGCCACUGUGAUAUGCCACACCUCUUCCGGCUACCCUGAGGCGACGGUGCUGUGGCAAGAUGGCCGCGGCAACAACAUAACGGAGAACAUCACCACCUCCCAGGUGGCCAACGAGCAGGGCCUCUUCGACGUGCGGAGCAUCCUGCGGGUGGUGCUGGAGCCCAACAGCACCUACAGUUGCUUAGUGAGGAACCCUUUGCUGCGGCAGGAGACCCACGCCUCUGUCACCAUCACAGGUCAACACCUCCUGUUUCCUGCUGUGGCUCUCUGGGUGACAGUAGGACUGGCCAUCUGCCUCGUCGUCCUACUGGUUGCCCUGGCGUAUGUGUGCCAGAAGAAAAUUCGUCAGAGCUGCAAAGAAGAGAGGGAGAGAGCUGCAAGAGAGGAACAGGAUGAAGGAGAAGGAUCCAAGACAGCUUUGCAGCCUCUGAAGAACACGGAAAACAAAGAAGACAUUGGAGAAGAAAUUGACUGACCAGAAUUGGAAGGGAAAUGCAGUUGUGCUACCACAAGGCUCACAUUGGCAAGCUGUGAUCCUGAUCCUGAUCCUGAUCUUCCAUCAGUGGACCGGCGAAAAUGUGACAGAUGCAGCAUGCACAGAGACCUUUCACCUGGUGCCUGCUGCAGUUUGCUGAUUUUUUGGCCAUGACCAAUUGCCUUCUCCCCCCCCCCCGCCACUUCUCCACAAAGCUACAACCCUGUCCCCUGUCCCCGUGAGACUCUCUUCUUCCCAUUAGAAGCAGAUUGUCGCUUACUGAUGACAUCCACCCACCGCCAGCCUCCCAAGACUGGGAUGCUCUGAGUUCCCAUUCCAUAGCCUUACUGGGAUGCUCCCAAGAGUUCAACCACCAAUGAUCCUGCUUGAAUGAGAGUAAUUUUGGACAAACCACGUGUACUGUAAAGAAAAGGGGAGAACUCACAGAUCAACUUGCCACUCUAACAGAGGAGAUCGUGGCACUCAAAGCUGUUUUGAGGGUCAGUUUUCAGUUGGAUUUGCUUGUAGGCAUGCCACCUGACCAAUUUUAGAUCAGCACGAC